AUGGGUCAAUAUAAACAUAGUGUCCUUGAGAAGUUACACUUAAUGAUAGACUGGGAUAAUGAUCAUAAAGGAUAUAUCCAAAUUGAGACUACUGCCCAUAAUAAGAAUCUCACUGCCCACAAUGGUGAAAGAUACAAAAUAUUUUGUAAAACCUUCCUUUUUAAGUCCACUAGUUCUGCAAAGCAGGGUGUUUCUGUAAGCAGAAUCUCCAAUCAAAUAUUCAAACGUACAUAUUUAUGGAUAGAGAAUGUGGAGAAUCUGGAAAGUUACCUAGUACAUGCUGAAAAUAACGAUUUGAACAAUUUUGAAAAUAGGAUUGGAUUGACCUUUCAGUCAAAUAUUUCUAAACUUCAGAGAUUGAAAAAUGGAGAAACAACUGCUAAAUGGGAUCCAUUUGAGAGGUCCUUCACCAAGGGCUCAGUCCUCCAAAAUUACGAGAGCAUUGUCAAUGGGGACAGAAUUGCUCAAGGCAGUGAAUGUGAGAAAAAAUUUCAUCAAGGCUCAAAUGUUAAUAAACAUCUGAGGACUCAUUUUCAAGAGAACCAUUCUGAACAUAUUAAAUGUGGGGAAGUCGUUUAUCAAAGAUCCAACCUUCUAUGUAACAGUAUGCAUAUAAGAGAGAAUCCUUACAAAUUUAAUGAAUGUGAAAGAGAUUUUAACCAGUCCUCCAGUGUUGGUGAUCAUCAGAGAAUUCAUGUGGGAAAAAACCCAUACAGAUACAAUGAUAAGCCUGGGAACAUGUUUAGUCAGUCAUCAGUAAUAUGUAUACAUAAGACAAUCUGUAGUGGAGAGAAACCUUACAAAAGUAAAGAAUGUGGCAAGGCCUUUAAGCAGUGCUCAACCCUUACUCAACAUCACAUAAUUCAUACUAUAGAGAAACCUUAUAAAUGUAAAGAAUGUGGCAAGGCCUUCAACAAGCCCUCAACGCUUACUCAACAUCACAGAAUUCAUACUGGAGAGAAACCUUACAAAUGUAACGAAUGUGGCAAGUCCUUUAUCCAGCAGUCACACCUAACUGUACAUCACAGAAUUCAUACUGGAGAGAAACCUUAUAAAUGUGAAGAAUGUGGCAAGGCCUUUAGCUUUCAGUCAAGCUUUAUGAAACAUCACAGAAUCCAUACUCGAGAGAAACAUUACCAAUCCUUCAGGAAGCAAUCACAACUUACUCAACAUCACAGAAUCCAUACUGGAGAGAAACCUUAUAAAUGUAAAGAAUGUGGCAAGGACUUCAGCUUUCAGUCAAGCUUUAUUCAACAUCACAGAAUUCAUACUGGAGAGAAACCUUAUAAAUGUGAAGAAUGUGGCAAGGCCUUUAACAAGCCCUCGACGCUUACUCAACAUCAUAGAAUUCAUACUGGAGAAAAGCCUUACAAGUGUAAAGAAUGUGGCAAGUCCUUUAUCCAGCAGUCACACCUAACUGUCCAUCACAGAAUUCAUACUGGAGAGAAACCUUACAAAUGUAAAGAGUGUGGCAAGGCCUUUAGCUUUCAGUCAAACUUUAUUCAACAUCACAGAAUCCAUACUCAAGAGAAACGUUACCAGUAUUUGGAAGGACUGGAAUAG